CGGUACACAGGGAUGCUACAGCUGCCCCUUAUGCAUUUCAAGAUGAUCCUUAUCUCAUACCAACAUCCUCUAUGGAAUCUCAUUCAUUUUUGUUGGCAAAGAAGUCCGGGGAGAAUGCAGCAAAGUUUAUUAUUAAUUCAUAUCCCAAAUAUUUUCAGAAAGACAUAGCUGAACCUCAUAUACCGUGUUUUAUGCCUGAGUACUUUGAACCUCAGAUUGAAGAUAUAAGUGAGGCUGCUCUGCGGGAACGAAUCAAGCUCAGAAAAGUCAAAGCUUCUGUGGACAUGUUCGAUCAGCUCUUGCAAGCAGGAACCAGCGUAUCUCUGGAAACAACUAACAGUCUCUUGGAUUUAUUAUGUUACUAUGGCAACCAAGAGCCCUCAACUAAUUAUAAUUUUCAACAACGUGAACAAGCAGAAGAGUUGGAAGAGGCCACAGAGGGAAAUAAAGAGAAACCUAAGAAGAAGGCUGGUCAUCAGCUUGGAGUUACUUGGAGAGCAAAAAACAAUGCUGAGAGGAUCUUUGCUCUAAUGCCAGAGAAAAACGCACAUUCCUACUGCACAAUGAUCCGAGGAAUGGUGAAGCACCGAGCUCCUACGCAGGCAUUAAACUUGUACACUGAAUUAUUAAACAACAGACUUCGUGCUGAUGUACACACCUUCAAUUCGUUGAUUGAAGCAACAGCAUUGGUGGUGAAUGAGAAAUUUGAAGAAAAAUGGAAUAAUAUGUUGGACCUGCUGAAACAAAUGGUUGCACAGAAUGUGAAACCCAAUCUACAGACUUUUAAUACCAUUCUGAAAUGUCUCCGACGAUUUUACGCAUUUGGAAAAUUGCCAGCCUUACAGACCUUACGGGAAAUGAAAGCCGUUGGAAUAGAACCCUCGCUUGCAUCGUAUCACUAUAUUAUUCAGCUGUUUUAUCAACGUGAAAGCCCUUCGAAAGGAUCGUCCCUCAUCAUCUAUGACAUCAUGAACGAAUUAAUGGGAAAGAAAUUUUCUCCAAAGGACCCGGAUGACGAUAUGUUUUUUCAGUCAGCCAUGAGGGUUUGCUCAUCUCUCAGAGAUCUAGAACUUGCUUACCAGGUCCAUGACCUUUUAAACACUGGAGACAACCGGAAAUUCAUUGGACUCGAUCAUCGGCGUAACUUCUACUAUUCCAAGUUCUUUGGUUUGCUUUGUCUAAUGGAACAAAUUGAUGUCACCUUGAAGUGGUAUAAGGACCUGAUACCUUCAGUAUUCUUUCCACAUUCCCAAACACUGAUAGAUCUUCUCCAAGCAUUAGAUGUGGCCAAUCGGCUAGAAUUGAUUCCUCAGAUCUGGAAAGAUAGUAAAGAAUAUGGUCAUACUUUUCGCCACGAACUAAAAGAAGAGAUUCUGACGCUCAUGGCAAGGGAUCGGCACCCACCAGAGCUGCAGGUGGCGUUUGCUGACUGUGCUGCAGAUAUCAAAUCGACUUACGAAAGCCAGGACGCCAGACAGACGGCUCCCAGUUGGCCGGCCAGCUCUCUGAACUACAUAGCCGUCCUCCUCUUAAGGGCCGGGAGAACCCAGGAAGCCUGGAAUGAGUUGCUGAAUGAGUUUAUGGACAGUGCAGAAGCAUCCGGCAGCCCUGCCCAGGCCAUUGAGAUAGUGAAGCUGGCAGGUGCCUUCAGCUUACCUGUUUGUGAGAGCCUCACCCAGAGAUUAACGGCCGACUUCACCCUCAGCCAGGAGCAGAAGGAAGCCCUGGGAGACCUAACUGCAUCGACCAGUGACAGCGACAGUGACGGCAGCAGUGACAGUGACGUCGGCGAAGGCAAAUAAGAGUGGUCGGAUCAGGAGCCACUGUGGCCUAGCGUGACUGUUGUGAUUACACUUGAGAACUGAGAUGCUAGUAUUUAAUUGUAAUGUGAAGAAAACAAGGGAAUACAGAUUUGGUGAAUCUUGAUAACAACGCUUACUUGUUUACGCUUAAUUCCUGAACUAAACCAUCCAUGCCAGGGUUACCAGGUGAACAGAAGGGGUACUACCCUUUUCAUUUCUUCGGACGCACGUUGUGAUGUCCUUAAGCUCCGCACAACUGCAGUGUUUGUCAGCUGAUGUCGGGGUGGUUUGCCCCUCCCCCAUUGGGGACUGCAGCCUGUGUUGGCUGACGCUAUGACCUGACACUUCCUCCAACUCAGAAAGCGUCUGAAGGAAGUUUUUGUACGAUAACAUCACGGUUGAUACUGGGUCAGUAGUACCAAGUUCAGGGAUAUUUAUAUGUGGGAGAUUAUUAAUCUUACAACUGAUUAAACGACGUCAGGAGUUUAGGCUGCGCAGCUGGGAAGAUGAAGACU